GUGUGCUCUGCUGUUUCCAUUGACGGACGCCACACCAAAAACCACGAGCUCCCGCGCCCACCGAUACCCGCUCGCUCUCCUUCUCCCCCCGCGCUUUUAUCUACUCCACCAGACAAGACCAGAGAUGAUCAUCAUACUAGCAUACAGCACCACCACAGGGAAAGCCAGCAAGGGAAUCACAUCCUACCUAGUGUAGAGUACGUGCUUGUGCUCACCGGCAAUGUGCAGAGGGACGGUGGACGACCUCCGCCCGCUCGGGCCCCGGCGGCUCGACGUGCGCGCCUUCUACCUCCGCCUCUCCUCCUCCUCCCACUCAUCCGCGUCGCCACCGCCCGCGGAGCUCACGCUCGUCUACCGCCCGGCCAUCGGCGGCGCCGCGCUGGAGCUGGCCGGCCGCGCGCUCCCGCCGGCGUGCCCCGCCGAGGCCACCCUCCUGCGCGUCCGCGGCGCGGCCGACGGUGCGGACGACGCGCCGGCGUACGCGAGCGCCGACCGCGUCUCGGCCGCCGAGGGCGCGCGCUUCGAGGUGUACGCCGGGCAGGAGCUCGCGGCGGAGGGCGCCUUCUUCCCGCGGCGCCGGCUCGACGGAGGCGGGUGGCACGUCGAGUGCCGCCGGCCGGUCGGGUCGCGUUCGCACUCGCGGGUGGCGGAGGUGCUGGUCCUCGCGGAGGGCGGCGUGCUCAUAAGGGCCAGGGCCCGAGCGGCGAGGCGGGCCGGGUGCGCGACGCCGCUGGAGGGGAUACCGGAGGAGGACGCGUCCUCGUGGGGGUCGUGCGAGUGCGGGGCUUGCGGGGACGAGUGGCAGAUGGUCGGAGACAGCAGCAGCGAUGAAGACGACGGCGACAAGUUGAAGGAGGAAGAGGUGGAGGCCGAGACGAUGCGGUGGGCGCUGGAGAUGGGCGCCUGGGCGGUGUGCGUCGGGGUCGGCUUGCUCGCCACCGCCCGCCAGUUCAGCCGGAGGAGGGCCGCGCUCCGGUGAUCCCUGCCUGUCAAGAGGAAUUUGUUUUUGUUUUCUUCAGUUUCACUUGGUCAAAGUGUCAGGAUAGGAUUUUGCAGUAUCUUCUUCUUCUUCAGUCUAGCUAGUGAUUUUGUUUCGUGGGAGUUGUCAAUCAAAGCUUGUAGCGUAUAUGUACAUACACUCACUCGGAGUCGAUCAACCAAGAGCUUGCAAUCA